AUGGCUAAUCGAUUUUCCAACCUCGCAAGCCUCGCCAGAUUGUCAAUGACAGGAGCUCGCCAACAGCCAGAACCAGAAGGAGAGCCGACCCAAACACAGCAAGAUCCGCUCAUCCAGCAACACGGCGAAGAGGCCCAACAACCAGUUCACCAACAAGACAGCGAGGAGACGAGGCAGGCCGAGAAAGGGAGGAACAAACCCCCCAAGAAGACCGUCCCCCCGACAGACCGCGCAACGAGGUUGACCUCCAAGGCGCCAACCGGAUCGAACACGCCCCGGGACGACCACACCAUUCCUGAGGAAGUAGCACAGCUCUACCAAGACCUACUGGGGGAUAAGUCGCAGAGGCCCAAGACGAAAGGAGCGGAAGCCGCUGCCCUUCUUGUCGACCACGACGAGAUUGAGUUGUUGAACCCACGACGAACCCAAAGCCCAGAGGCCGGAGCGCAAACAAAGGUGUCCUUGAUGCAAGAAUCUAGGAAGGACCGUACCAGCAACGGAUCACCAACAAGCCCCCCUGACCAACCCAGUCAUGCGCUUGUCAGAGAGAACCAAGGCGCUAUCCAACAACAAUAG